AUGGCCCUCGAGGCUGGUCUCGAGACGGCUGCCUCCCAGGCAGCGCAGCGCUCCAUCCGAAGCUUCGCUACCCGAUGGCAGACGCUGCCAGGAGCAAACGCAACCGAAGCGGACCCAUUGCUGCAGCAGAUGGAAGACGAGGUCAAUGACCUCCACAAGCAGGUCUCGCUGCUCAGCAGUAAGAAGCUAUCCCGCGCAGAAGAAGUACGCCAGACAGCAUUGCGAACAGCUGCCUACACCAACAAGCUCUACAUGAAGAAGGCUAAGGUACUAGGCAUGUAUCAGCAAACUGCCGCGGCCAAGAAGAUGGAGCAAAGGGUGUUGAUGGACAGUGUUGGAGAGCUCGCGUCGAAUUCUUCGACGGAGCAUGAGAGCUUGCGCAACGCUCAGAAAGCUUUGCGGUUCUUCGACAGCACAUGGUGGCAAGUUCGCCGGCAUCUUGACGACUACCUGCAGGCGGUGUUUGUCGUCGAAACUGAGGUAGCUACUUCUUUGCUCGCUGUCGAGCGCUAA